AUGUCGCUUAGCCCGCUCGGGGAGGCUCCAGUCGGGACGGAUCUAUCCGCCGAUCACGGCUCACUGGAAAUUGGUCCUGUGAUCGCAACCUAUGUCCUUGCAGUGAUAACUGUCGGGCUUCGGUUCUAUACAAGAUUGCGAGUGCAAGGUCAGCGAAUAGCUGCAGAUGAUUGGAUGAUCGUGGGUGCUUUGCUAGCCGUAACCGCAUGUUUCGCUCUGAUUGUGAUUGCCGUGGAAUUGAUGCGCGUUCUCUUCGCCUUCGUCGUGCUCUACGUGCUCACCGUUCCACUCAUCAAAUUAUCUGUUCUUCUCUUCUACCGCCGUAUCUUCGGCAUGACAUAUCCAAUCUGGUUCUGCGUGUUCCUGACAAUUGGAUAUUUUCUCUCUGGCACGAUCGCCUUUCUGGCUUGCUGCAGGCCAGUUUCGUACUUCUGGACGCAGUUUGAAGAACGCAGUGGAGGAAAAUGCGUUUUCAACCUCUACCCAUUCUAUAUUAGCCAUGCUGCAAUCAAUGUCGCCACGGAUGGGAUCAUCCUGUUGGUUCCAAUUCCCAUCGUGUGGAAGCUGCAAAUGCGGUGGACACAGAAACUCAUGCUAUCCGGCAUCUUUUUGGUUGGAGGAUUUGUCUUGAUUGCAAGUCUCAUCCGGAUUUAUUACAUCACCUUCCUCAGAACCUCCGCCGAUUACACCUGGGUCAUGGGCAAGUUCUUCGUCUGGUCCAGCGUUGAGCCCUGCAUCGGCAUCUUAUGCGCCUGCCUUCCAACGUUGCAUCCACUGCUCCGCCUCGUUAUCGCUCGCAUGUUUGGCACUAGUACAGGGAGGUAUGGUGGUGUUCCAAAGAAAAAACAGGAGGUAGCGAAUAAAAGAACAUUUAUUCGCAGACCAAGGCCACUUGACUGGGACGAGACUUUGUUGACUACACAUGACAUACAAGUCGAAAUGAGCGGAGUCAGAAGAGAUCAUGCCGAGGAUGGGCAGAUUACGGUGGACAUGGAGUUCCGAAUAGUCGAAGAGAGCAAUCAAUUGAAGUGA